UUCAUCUUGUUUUAGUUCAUAGUAAGCAUGUGGCUCUGUCUGGCACUGGCCGUCAUCCUGUUCUUUGUGAUCCGAUGGUAUCGGGAGAGUCAAACUGUGGAAAACCUGAGAGAAAAAUAUGUCUUCAUCACUGGUUGUGACUCUGGCUUUGGGAACCAGCUGGCCAGGCAGCUGGAUCUCGAGGGCCUGAGGGUGUUGGCCGCCUGCCUUACCGAGAAGGGGGCAAAGGAGCUGCAGAGGGUCUCGACUGAUCGGCUGCAAACCACUAUUUUGGACGUCACCAGCACAGAGAGCAUUGUGGCAGCAACCGAAUGGGUGAAAUCAUGUGUCGGGGACAAAGGACUCUGGGGCUUGGUAAACAAUGCUGGUGUUGCGCACCCCACUGCUCCCAAUGAAUGGCUGACUAAAGAUGACUUUGUUAAAAUACUGAAUGUCAAUCUUAUUGGGUUGAUUGAUGUGACGCUACACAUGCUGCCCCUGGUGAAGAAGGCCAGGGGAAGGGUCGUCAACGUGGCCAGUAUCUUUGGCCGACUGUCUUUCCUUGGAGGAGGCUAUUGUCCCUCUAAGUAUGGGGUAGAGGCCUUUUCUGACUCUCUGAGGCGUGAGCUCCAUCCCUUUGGGGUGAAAAUAGCCAUAAUAGAGCCAGGCUUUUUCCUAACUGGCAUGACCAACAUCCAGACCCACCUUGAUUGUAUGAGGCAGCAGUGGGCCAGCACUCCACAGGAAGUCAAAGAUAGCUAUGGAGAGACCUAUUUCAACCGCUGUUAUCAGCUGGUGAAAGAGGACAUGGUACCUCGCUGUGACACCAACCUUUACCUGGUCACUGACUGCAUGGAGCAUGCCUUGAUCUCCAAGCAUCCCCGCACGCGCUAUUCUGCAGGGUGGGAUUCCCAGUUCUUCUUUGUUCCUCUCUCUUACAUGCCCACAGCUGUGGCGGAUUUGGUGCUGACCUGGUCACAGCCCAAGCCUGCUCAGGCCAUGUGAGGGUGGCGCGGAAAGGGUCGGGUUUAGAAUGGGUGUGUGCAUAUGUGCGUGACAGGUGCCUGCCUAGCGUCAGACAGAAGCUUGUUAUAUCUGCUCUAUCCUCAUUAUUCACGAGAAACCCAAGACCCAUCAACCAGAGCUAGACACAAAAAGACACAAAACACUGAAGAAUGAAAAGACAGGUUGUCUCUUUAGCAGAGUUUAGAGAAGUUUCUUCUGAGACUCUCAUUUCCAGUUUCCCCCAGCCAGUGGCUAUGCUGGUUGGGGAAUCUAACAGUUGUACAUAUUUGAAACAUGUAGCUUUCCUUUGCUCUGUUUUGGACCUAAUCUGAAUCGAAGGCUUGAUUUUUGGUACAACUGAAUGAGGCUCAGAGUCUCUGUACAGAAAAAUCCAUUGCUGAUUAUAGGGAAGGUUUUAAUUAAGAUUCAGAUAUUCAUUUGGGAUAUAUUAACAUUGAAGACUGCAGUCCUGUCCCCAUUGGUCUUGGAAUAAGCUGCACUGAAUUUAGUGGGAGAGACCUUUACUUGGCCAUGCACAGGAUUGCCCAUUGAAUUGCAAAACAGUAUGUUUUACAGUAAUUUUUUUCACUUGAUUUAUAAGCCUCAUAAUAGUUAAGAGUUAAUAGGUUCUUCAUGUG